UCAGGUACCGUAGAUACAAGUCAAGCUGGUAUGCGUAGUUUUCUGAUGAGAACAACGUAAACGUUAUUUUUUUUUUUUUUUAAACAGACGUUUGUACUUCAUGUUUUUAGUUUGUCAUUGUAAAACAGUGUUGUAGUUUUUUUCAUUGAUGCAGGUUUAAUUCUAAUUUGUACUAUUACCGUAAUCACAUCUGCUACCACUACAGCACACGUCGGGAGAGCCAAGUGUGGUCAAGCCCUGUGAGAGUCGAAACAAAACGGCUCCAUCAUUUAUCAGACUGAUCAAGCGAUUUUGGGAGGAACUGGAUUCAUAUCUUCGUUUGUGUAAGCAAGGGGGUAGUGUUGAAGUAUUUGCCUCAAACAUCAUCAAGUGAAGAAACCCAACCUUGCCAAGGCCUGCCUGUGAGAGAAACUUGAAGCUUGCAGUCAUGUUGGAGGAGGAUAUGGAGGUGGCCAUCAAGGUGGUGGUUGUAGGAAAUGGCGCUGUUGGAAAAUCCAGUAUGAUACAACGCUAUUGCAAGGGCAUUUUCACAAAAGAUUACAAGAAGACCAUUGGUGUGGAUUUUCUUGAAAGGCAAAUUCAAGUUAACAAUGAAGACGUCAGGUUGAUGCUCUGGGACACUGCAGGGCAGGAGGAGUUUGAUGCAAUAACAAAGGCCUAUUAUAGAGGUGCGCAAGCCUGUGUUCUAGUGUUCUCUACCACUGACAGGGAUUCCUUUGAAGCGAUCCCCAGCUGGAGAGAAAAGGUGGAAGCUGAAGUGGGAGACAUCCCCACAGUGCUAGUGCAGAAUAAAAUUGAUUUGCUGGAUGACUCCGUAAUAAAAAAUGAGGAAGCAGAGGGCUUAGCAAAGAAGCUAAAAUUAAGAUUUUAUCGUGCUUCUGUGAAAGAGGACCUGAAUGUAAAUGAAGUGUUUAAGUAUCUAGCUGAUAAAUACCUUCUGAGACUCAAGCAACAAACCGCAGAGGAGCCAGAACUAGUUUGUACAACCAGCAAUAAAAUUGGAGUUUUUAAUACAGCUGGUGGAAGUCACUCUGGUCAGAAUUCUAGCAAUCAUAAUGGUGAAGUCAUCAGUCUUCAGCCAAAUAAACAGAGGACCAAGAAAAACAAAAGCCCAUUCAGCAGUUGCAGCAUUCCCUAGCAGAUGCUUUUCAGUUCUGCCUCUUUGUUUAAGAUUGUGCAGUUGUUCAAACCAUCAAUGGAUAGUCUCCGAGCUGCUUUCUGGGUGAACAGAUUGUGGACAAAAUGACUUUCUGUUGCGCAUUUUUUGCUGAAAGACUUAACAAGCUUUAAGUGUAACCCCCCCCUCUCCACACUCACACACACACACACACACACACACACACACACACACACAUACUUGGCAGGUGCCACUUGCUGAAAGAUACGCUGUAAUAUCUGCACUGCACCUUUGUCUUUUGUAAGUGCUAACGAAAUGUACAUUUUAUAUAUUUUUAUGAUCAACAUUCCAUACUCUUGCUAAAUAUGAAAUAUACAAACGUGGUACAGUGUAUAUGUAACAUUAUUCAAAGAUACAGCUUCUGACAACAGAAUGGCACAGUAGACCCUUACACGCACAUUUUAUAGAUGCGUACUGCUACAUACAAAACUUAACUAAAAUACCAUCUGUGCAUUUUACUGUGAAAUAGAGCUUUUUGAUAAAGGUAUGCAUUGAGACUGUUUGUUUGGUUCUGAACAUUCUUUUACUAAAUUUGACUACAUUUUUUGAUAUUCUGUGGAUAGACAUUACAUAUACAAUCCCCCUGUUAACGUUAAGAAGAUCAAGUGCUAUUGUUUGUUUUGAAUUUUAUA